AUGAGUUCGGAGGAUAAGGAGAAGGAAGUUCGUCGCAAUCAUCUCUGUCUGAACUGCUUGCGGAAGGGUCAUCAAGCGAAGGACUGUUCGUCAACGAGUACCUGCCGCAAGUGUCGGGGCAAGCAUCAUACUCAGCUUUGUUCCAGUCAACAACCAACCAGCUCAGGUCAGAAGACAACCAACUACACAGAUGAAAGGUCUACGCCUGCUGCAUCUACCAGCAAUCCACCCACUGCAUCUGUGUCGGCCACCAUCGAGCCUGCCAGUUUCGCUUCCGUUAGUCAAGGACGGAAGGCAAUUCUACUUGUUACUGCUGUAGUCAUCGUUGUCGACGACAGUGGAAGCGAGCACACAGCACGUGCGUUGCUAGAUUCCGGUAGCGAAUGCUGUUUCGUUACCGAAUCAUUCUCCCAGCGAAUCAAAGCGCAACGGAAGAAGGUCCAUCUUCCGAUAGCUGGCAUCGGUCAAUCGUCGACGCAUGCUAGGCACAAAUUGUCAACCACAAUUCGCUCUCGCACAGGAAGGUAUUCGACUAGCUUGGAAUUUCUAGUUCUUCCCAAAAUCACCAUCGAUCUGCCGUCGACUUCUGUUGAUAAUUCGGCCUGGGAGAUUCCGCCGAGUAUACAGCUAGCUGAUCCGUCAUUCUGCAGCACCAACUCAAUCGAUCUCAUCUUGGGAGCAGAAAUUUUCUUCGACUUGUUCAAGGUCUCUGGUCGAAUUCCGCUUGGCGAUAACCUUCCGGUACUCGUGAACUCCGUUCUUGGCUGGGUAGUGUCGGGAAGGUCUUCUCAUGGUCAACCGAUUGCUCCAAUCGUCGCACAUGUCGCCACCGUCAACGACGUGCACCGUCUAAUGGAAAGGUUUUGGUCCAUCGAGGAAGACAACGCCUCUCCGUGCUAUUCCGUCGAAGAAGCCGCCUGCGAGGAACACUUCCGUCGCACGGUAACCCGCAACACCGAAGGGCGAUACAUAGUUCGACUGCCACUGAAGCAAGAUGUGUUGUCUAGCCUCGUCGACAACCGUCGCACCGCUCUACGACGUUUUCACCAGCUAGAAGGUCGUCUAGUCCGUAAUCCCGACCUACAUCAUCAAUACCGAGUCUUCGUCGAGGAAUACCACGCGCUAGGGCACAUGCAGCCCGUAACGGACUACGAGAAUCCUCCCACUUCAUGCUACCAUCUUCCGCAUCAUGCUGUAGUGCGCGAAGAUAGCACGACGACCAAACUGAGGGUAGUUUUUGACGCGUCGUGUAAAACCCCUAACGGACCAUCGCUGAACGACGCGCUUCUAGUUGGACCAACCGUGCAAGAACCUGCGAUCGAUUAUCAUGCGAGCCCGAACACACCCAGUCAUGCUGAUCGCCACAUCAAGCAGAUGUACCGCCAAGUCCUGGUAGACGAGCAGGACACUCCACUGCAGCGAAUUGUCUGGCGAGUUUCCCCCGACACUUCAAUGGAAACCUUUGAACUAAAGACCGUAACAUACGGCACAGCCAGCGCACCAUACCUUGCAACGAGAGUUCUCCAGCAACUAGCCGACGACGAACGCGACGAGUACCCUGAAGCAGCUGAAGUUCUACGCAAGGAUUUCUACGUCGACGAUCUGUUUUCCGGUGGACGCAACGUAGCAGAAACAAUCGCUUUACGCAAGCAGCUCGACGCAUUGUUGCUCAAGGGUGGAUUCGAACUCCGCAAAUGGGUUUCCAACGAACAAGCAGUACUACAGGAUAUCCCAGCAGAAAAUCGUGCUGUACAAGGGUCAGUCGACUUAGACCGAGAUCCAUGUAUAAAAACGCUUGGACUGCACUGGGAACCGUCCACCGACCAGCUCCGCUACAAAAUUCAGCUUCCUCCGUCAACAACAGAUGCACCGCUUACGAAACGCAUCGCACUGUCAUAUAUCGCACGUUUGUUUGAUCCGCUUGGACUUAUCGGACCCGUCGUAACUACCGCCAAAAUGUUCAUGCAGACUCUCUGGACCUUGAAGGACGACGACGGCAAGAUUUGGAGCUGGGACAACGAACUACCGACCGCAAUCAAAGAACGCUGGCAAGAGUACCAAUCGCAACUCCAUCGGCUGAACGAUUUGCGCAUCGACCGUUGCAUUCUUCUCUCCAAUCCCGUAUCAGUCCAGCUGCAUUUCUUCUCCGACGCCUCGGAACACGCAUACGGCUCGUGUGUCUACGUCCGCUCGACAGAUGCCUCUAGUGCAGUCAAAGUUUGUCUGCUUACUGCGAAAUCGAAGGUCGCACCCCUGAAAAAACAAAGCAUUCCCCGACUCGAGCUCUGCGGUGCCCUCCUGUCUGCUGAACUCUACGAGAAGGUGACGUCAUCGCUCCAAAUACACACGUUCUUUUGGGUCAAUUCUACCAUCGUGCUGAGUUGGCAAAAUUCUUCUCCGUCGACCUGGACAACGUUCGUGGCCAAUCGAGUCUUCAAGAUUCAGACCGCCACGAAAAACUGCUCUUGGAACCACGUAGCAGGCCAGCAAAACCCAGCAGACCACAUUUCCAGAGGAAUACCCGCAGAAACCCUUCUACAAAACGAUCUUUGGUGGCAAGGAUCUCAAUGGCAGCAGAGCGACCUACGCGACUGGCCAAUUCAACAACCGAACGCUAAUCAGCCUCCCGAAGUCCUCAUGGAAGCACGAAAAGUACCAGCAGCAGUAACUUCCGCCGCCGUUGAACCCUCAUUCGUAGACCAGUUCGUUGAAACAUUCUCCAACUUCCAGCAUAUGGUCCGAGUAGCCGCUUACUGUCGACGAUUUCUUCAGAACUGUCGGAAAACUUCUACAGCACGAGCGGAAUCAGCACAUCUCACAGUCGACGAGCAGAAGGAAGCAGAAGCGACGAUCAUCAGACUCAUCCAACAGCAAAGCUUCAGCAACGAGUACAAGGCCCUCCAAUAA